CAGGGCGUUUCUGCGCCACUGAUUGCAAAAUUUCCGUCAGCACUCAAAGGCACCAUGACUGUAAUCUUUCCUGACGACGGAGGAAGUGAACGUAUCAGCUCAGCUAACAUCUUCAACUGCCGCUGGUUAAGUUGUAUAAUCUACACGUAGUGAAUAAGAGUCAGCAUCUUGAAGGAUUGCUAUAUGGAUUCUCCUCGGCAAUCUAAGAAGGCUAACUUGAAUCGAGAGCCAAAGCGCGUCCAGAAUCAGUCAAAUACUCCCCCUCAGAAAGAUGCUUAUGCUAAGCUUCUCAGCCAGCACAACAGCAGCAAGUUCAGUUUGUAUCUAGAACAAUACGCAAAGGAUACGUCAUUUCAAAGGGAAGGACAUGGGCCAAGCACACUGCCCAAAGCUCAAAAUGACAGACUCAACAUACCACAGCAAAAACGGGACCAAAUGCCCAAUGAUUACUCUGAUUUAAGUGACUUCUCCCCCUCUCCCAUGAAAAAUAAAGAAGAUGAGAGUUCACUGUCUUUAUACAAGGAGAAACUAACCACCCGCAGUGUCCAGCGGGACUUUGAAAGUAAGCAGAGUGUGUCUGAGAAACAGCGAAGGGGACAGAGAAGGGACACUGCUACCAGCCAUGAUGGAGACAUUGAAUCUGGUGAGGAACUGGGCACUUUUAAACCUAUUGAGUCAAAGAAACACCAGAAGCAGCAGAAGAAAUCCAAGGACUCUAAAGAGACUGACUCACCUGUUGAACAUCCCCAGUCCCCAAAGAAAGCCAGUACAAGUGGACAGGAACAAGAGAAGAAGACAAAGUCAAAGAAAAAAAACCUGCCAAAGCACCCAGAAGAAGGGACAUUAAGGUCUGAGGUCAACACUCAUGUGUCAAGGCCCAAGUCCCCUCAUGGUAAAGACAAAAAACUGCAGCAGACCAGAGCUUCAAGUGCCAAUUCUCCUGUGGACAAGAGUAAGAACAAAGGCAGAGGAUCAAAGAAACAAGUGUUUGAAUUCUACAUGACAUCUGAGGAGGUCUCCCAUGGCCUUAAAAGAGGAGAACUCAUUCAGGGGCAGCUAAGGAUUAACCCAAAGAAAUACCAUGAAGCUUUCAUCCCAUCACCUGAUGACACACGGGAUAUAUUUCUGGAUGGGACUAUUGCUCGCAACAGAGCACUGAAUGGAGACAUAGUGGUGGUGCAAAUCCUCCCUCGGGACCAGUGGAAGGUUGUGAGGUCAGAUACUGACUGUGAGGGUUCCAGUGAGUCAGAGAUGCUGAGAGAAAACAUGGCACACGCAGCGCAGACAGCACACACCCCCAGGCCUGUCGCUAUCAUGGACGACCAGUGCAGCAACCAGGAUGGACUUGUCAGAAAAGUUCAGAAUAUCACCCUCACUGACACAGGGGAACCUCUGGAUGGAACCCAAGCAUUUAACGGGGAGAUACUCCAGAAGACUGCUAAAGUGGUGUACAUUGUUGAGAAGAAACACUCAAGAGCUGUGACAGGCUUCCUAAAAUUCCUACCCGAUAGGCCUUUUGCCAUGUUCUCCCCUGUGGACCACCGGGUGCCACGGAUUAAUGUUCCCCUUCCUGACUGUCCCGAGGACUUUAGUACACGCCCAGGUGACUACACCAGCACCUUGUUCAUAUGUCGGAUCACCAACUGGGAGGCCGACAGCAACUUUGCAGAAGGUCGACUUGCUAAGACAUUGGGUCAAGCUGGAGAAAUUGAGCCAGAGACAGAGGGCAUCCUCACAGAGUACGACGUUGAUUUUUCUGAGUUCUCUGAUGAGGUGUUAGACUGUCUACCCAAGAACCUGCCUUGGACCAUCCCAUCUGAGGAGAUGAGAAGGAGGAAAGAUCUGAGGAAGGAGUGUAUCUUCACAAUUGAUCCUGCUACAGCAAGAGACCUGGACGAUGCUCUGUCCUGUAAACCGCUCCCCGAUGGCAACUUUGAGGUAGGAGUCCACAUUGCUGAUGUGAGUUAUUUUGUGGAGGAGGACAACGCCCUGGAUGCCAUUGCCAGCCAAAGAGCAACAAGUGUGUACAUGGUUCAAAAGGUGAUCCCCAUGUUGCCGAGGCUGCUGUGCGAAGAGCUUUGCAGUCUGAAUCCUCUCACCGACCGACUCACUUUUUCUGUCAUUUGGAAAAUCACACCGCAGGGGAAGAUCCUGAAUGAGUGGUUUGGCCGUUCUGUCAUCCGCUCCUGCGUGAAGUUGAGUUACGACCAUGCUCAGAGCAUGAUCGAGGCCCCCGAAAAGAUGUUCUCUGCUGAGGAGCUGCCUCCUGUGGACCCUGAGCAUCCCAUUGAUGAGAUCCAUCAGGCUGUGCUCAACCUGCACUCCAUUGCCAAGAACCUCCGAGCUCAACGCUUCUCAGGAGGAGCCCUCAGACUAGACCAGCUGAAACUGUCUUUCACCCUGGACAAAGAGACCAUGAUGCCUCAGGGCUGCUAUGUUUACCAGUAUAGAGACAGUAACAAGUUGGUGGAGGAGUUCAUGUUACUGGCUAACAUUGCCACAGCUCACCACAUCUACCGCAGAUUUCCUGAGCUGGCCCUGCUCAGGCGCCACCCUCCACCAAAAGCCAAAAUGGUGGAUGAGCUACAGGAGCUCUGUGACCAGUUGGGAAUCGAUAUAGAUCUGUCCUCUGCAGGAGCGCUGCACAAAAGUCUCAAUGUGACUCUUGGUGAUGAUGAGUAUAGCACUGCCAGAAAAGAAGUCCUGACCCACAUGUGCUCCAGACCCAUGCAGAUGGCGUUGUACUUCUGUGCCGGCGCACUUCAGCAGGAGCAACUUUUUAAACACUACGCCCUCAACGUUCCUCUCUACACUCACUUCACAUCACCCAUCAGACGCUACGCUGACAUCAUUGUCCACCGGCUGCUGGCUUUUUCACUGAAUUGUGGGCCUAAUUUGAACCUGUCAACAGAGGAAGUCCAAAAACAGGCAUCACAUUGUAAUGACAAGAAGACAGUGUCCAAGAGAGUCCAGGAGCUCAGCGCCGAGCUCUUCUUUGGAGUGUUUGUAAAGGACUGUGGCCCUCUGGACUCUGAAGCCAUGGUGAUGGGAGUGCUGGAUCAGUCCUUUGAUGUGCUGGUUCUCCGUUACGGAGUGCAGAAACGCAUCUACUGCAAGUCUGUCACGGGCCUGGACUCGUUCCACCAUCGUAAGGCAGGGAAGAAAUCAGAGCUGACUCUGGUCUGGACACCAGAGGACCCAGAAAGACCUCCAGUCGAGCAGGUAAUCUCCAUCUUCACUUUAGUGGAAGUGCAGCUCAAAGCGGACGGUGCACCCAUGAAGUACAGUGCAGUGCUCAAGAGGCCUGAAGAGAACAAAUCAUAAAUACUUUACAUUAAUGUAGAGCGCACAAAGACUUGUGUGGGAAUUUGGAAUUGCCAAUUUUCUUUUGCUGAUUGGUAGAAAUGACAUAGCAUUACUGUAGGAAGCAGGAGGGAGGUCAUUGAUCAGGUCAGUCAUAUUUCAGUUGAAAAUUCACACCAGGUUUUGCCCACACAUGCACACAAAAAAGUGGUUCAUCAUUGGUUACUAUUUUAAUUGAAUGCGGUGAAAGGGUCUUUGCUUUCAGCAUAUCUUUGGUUUCCAUUCAUCAUCCAUCUUACGUGAAAGUUCUCGGCAUACAACAUGUAUCCAUCCCAGGUACAGGUUAAAGGAUAAAAAGCAAGUUGACUCUUCAGAAAAUAAAUUAAAUUACAAGUCUUCAAUGGGAUGCUUUAGAAAAUGGGUGGCUGUAUGAUGUGUAAGUGGUAGAAAACACAUUUACGCUGAUAUACGCAUUUAAGCCUCAAUGAAAUCUCUAAUGGGCAGACUGUGCUGUUUUUAUGCAGGUUAGUGUGGAUUCCAAAUUGAAUAGUGACUCAGGUCUGACUGUGAAGCAGUGCAGCAAGGCGUUUCAUUUGCUGCUGUUUUAUUGACCUAAUCAGGACCACUUUAAUGUGAAAGAACAGUUGUGCACAGUCGAAGAUGUGUAUCAAUGACUAGUUUCCUUAUUCGAGAUCAAGGAGAGACAGAUGUUUGUAUUUGCAAAGCAAUAGAGAGUACCACAUUACUGAAGUUUACAUAUUUUGGCUAUAUUUAACUGGCUAGAGUGGCUGUGUUAUAACUUCUGGUGACUGGAGUGAAGCACCAAGUGUAGCAGUAAUGGAGAACUCAAAUGGGUGUGUUAACAUUUUCAUAGGAACAAAAUAACAGCUACCACAUCUGUUAUUUGUAUUGCCAUAUGUGUUUAUAGUGUUUUAGGAAGAAGAGUUGUCAGAUUCUUCUGUGGUGUGAAUGAAGGGGCUAAAGGACCAAGUCAGGUCUUUCAUGUCACAGCCAGGAAGUACAGCUCACAGGACUUUGAUUUACAUUCUUAAUAGGACAUGCACAUAACAUAUUGCUGUAGUCUAAACUGAGGCGCAUUUUCUUUAUUUACUGUGGCAGUCAAGCCAAAGUUGAUUUAUUUAUCGACACAUUGUUUUUAAUACAAAACAUGGAAAUGACUUGAAUGGGAAUUGCUGCUGAAAAUGGUUGGUGGCCUUGAGAUCUUAAUGUAUUUUAUGUUAACUCAUGUCCUGUGAAGUGCUUCCAACUGUUUGUGUUUUUUUUUUUUUAAUUUAUUUUGUGUAGCACAAAUUCUUUAUGGACCUCAUUAAUAUCAACUGUAAAUUUUAGCCUUAAUUUAGUCAAGUCAAACUUUGAGUGCAGCUGCAGAUUUUAAAAUGGCUGUGGGCCUUCCUUUUUGCUUAAACUGAUUCUGUGUGCCUGUGUGUGUCUAUGCUUCUUUCAUUAUCACUCAUUCAGACUUCAGUUGAACAGGGCCAUGCGAUGUCAUAAAAAUUAGCUGCUACGCCUGCACAAUGUUUGUUAAGUUUUUGCAUAUCAAAUCUUGUCUGCUUAAUGGGCUCUUUUUAGGAAUGUGUCCAGGUUCUUGAGAGACUGCUAGCUAAUAUUUUUAAUUUGUUUUACAUGGACUGUCCGUUUGUGACACGUGCUUUAAGUGUAUUUUAAACCAGCGAGUUAAGCGUUAGUGCAAAACAACUGUGCUGAAGUAGGAGGAUGUGAUUCUGUGAUAAAGGUUGAAAAAAUAAUAAGAAUUUAAGUGAUAAUUUACCUCUGAAAAAUCUGAGACUGCAGUCAAUUGAAAAAGACAUCAAGUAGUAUUUCUGUGUCUUUUGCAAAGUUAUAUUGUGAAAUGUAACUUGAAUUCUGGGCAGUAUUUAAAGUACCUCUGUACUCUGUUAAACUGAGAGCAGUAGAUAUUGGUCUUUGUCUGUAGGCAAAUAAAUUCAGACAUGAAAUACAUCAAA